AUGAGUGCAUUGGAAAGAGAAAGCAUGAUACAGAGGGUAAGACCUUUGGUAGAUAAUGUCUACGGGAUCACAGAUUCCAAAGGUCAGAAGCUUGGUGACACUUUCAAAGCUUUGUUACCACGGUCGUUCCUUGAUUAUUUCAAAGUGAUCAAAAGACCGAUGUCCCUACAGAAGGUAAGAAUCAAUUUGAACAAGAAGAAAUAUGCCAAUGUCAAUGAAGUGAUUUAUGAUAUGGCCCAGAUCACCUGGAAUGCCAAGUUCUAUAACGAGAAGGAUUCAGACAUUUAUAAACAAGCGGAUAUUUUGGAAGAUUAUAUAAAAGAGACCAUGAUUCCCGCCAUUAGGCGAGAUUCGUCACUUCCAGGGUUUGAGCAAGUGAUUUAUCCCAAUCUUGGACCCUUGCCUGAUGGACCUAAUUAUUCUACUCCGAUCACCCAGCCACCACCCCCUUCUAUUCCGACCUCCCAUGUUAAAUCAGAACCUUCAACAAGAGCCCAUUCAGCUGCUGUGACACCCCCAAUAGGACAGGCUACGAUUUCAAAUCCCCAUGACAACCUUUCACAGCAGGCACCACAAGCUUUACAAUUUCCAUCUGAGGCACUGAUGGUUACUACGAUUACUGGUCAUAGAAUUCCUGAAAGUGGCGCACUUGAGAAUGAUGAUUCACAGUAUCCUAUCCCGCAACCACAAGAGUCUUACUAUCCUCCGCAAGCAGCGUUGAGAUCAUUACAGGAGAAGAAGGCACUAGUCGAGGCAUGGCACAAGAGAGGGAGACCUCCAAUUAUUGAUAAACCGCACGAAAUGCGAAUAAAGAAUAUUAUGAGAAGUUUGAAGAAGUUGAAAUCAUCGCAGGACCCUCGUCGCUCUGUCUACAAUCUUUUUGAUCGCCUUCCUUCAGAACAACAACAUUCUGACUAUUUCUCACUCAUAUCAGAUCCUAUGUGUUUUAAUGAUAUUAGACAAAACAUCAAACAAAGAAAGUACAAUGAUGUUGAGGCAUUUUUGAAUGAUGUUUACAAGAUCGUGGAGAACAAUCGUUUGUAUUACGCUAGCGACCGUCAUAUGAUCAUGGAUGUCAAUGACUUGGAAAAUGGUUUGAAAGAAAUUGUCGACAUUGAACUUGCUAGACCAGAGAAGGAAUUAACUUCUGGAGAUAUGACAAAGACUCCCAUGGACUCUGUCCUUGUCAAAGGUAGAAGAUACAGGGUUGGAGAUUGGGUUUUGAUCGCUAACCCAAAUGACCCAAGGAAACCUAUAGUGGGCCAAAUAUUUAGAAUAUGGCACGAAAAAGAAAAAGACGCAGACUUUGUAAAUGUUUGCUGGUAUUAUAGAGCUGAGCAAACCGUUCACAAAGAAGACCGACUAUUUUAUAAGAAUGAAGUGUUCAAAACUGGUCAAUACAGAGACCACAGAGCUUCGGAAAUUGUGGGACCUUGUUAUGUUGCGUACUACACCCGAUACCAACGUGGUGAUCCCGAUUUCGACGUGGAGGGACCGAUAUUCAUAUGCGAGUUUCGUUUUAAUGAUGGUGACAAACAGUUUAACAAAAUUAGGACAUGGAAGGCUUGUCUCCCUGAUGAAGUACGUCAUGUUGAGGAUCCAAUUAUCCCUUCUCCUGAACUGAGACAUUUCCCCAAGUAUUAUUCUCCUAUUAGAUAUCUGUUGCCACAAGAUGCAAAGAUUACGAAUGAGAAGCCUGAACCAACAAUUUAUAAUCUGAAUGCUCCCCCUUUAAUAGGGGCUGUGUAUGCAGGUCCACCAAGUCUGGAUGAUGAUCUUUGCCAAUACGCUUCAAGUCCUAAAAUUCAAUUAACUAAGAAAUUGAUCCCUAAGUCAGCCAAUAAUGCCCCGAACCCCCCAUUGAGUGGUAGUAGUAGCAGGGUUAAUUUGAGUGGUUAUAGUCCAUCUCCUAAUGAUAUGGCACCUAACUAUAAUAACUUACAAACCACACCUAAGAUGGUUAACUUGGGCACUCCCCAACCAAACGGAUUAGGCACCCCUAGCUAUCCAGGGUAUAGGCCUUCCUACGCUGAUGCAGCAUAUGGUGAUCAAAACACUAGACCAAUCCCUAAUACUUACACUCCUCCUGUCAAUAACUACAGCAAUAUGACGCAGAGAUUAAACAUGUCCCAAGUAAGUUCCAGAUAUGCCCCAUCCAAAGUAGUCAGUACACCUUAUAAUGAGUUGACGUUCUCCACAGGACCCUAUUCCGGAAUUUCUACUAGUUCAGCAUUCACGAUGCCUGCUGAUGUGGAAGCAGAUUUUAACCAGUUUGCCCUUCAAGGCUUCACAAGGGUUGAUAUUUCAAAUGAGAUAAGAAGGCUCAAGAAACAAAAUGCUGCCAAGAUUUCUUUUGACGAGCUGAAGCAGAAGCAAGAUGAACUUCCACUAAUUUGGAAAAGAGGUCCUCCAGUGUAUGUACCCAACAGGGUGAUUAACAAUGAGAUUUUUCAGAUAGAUGAUUCGUUGAACAAGAUCGUACCUUGCAGACCCAAAGGUGAUGAUUAUUUUGCAAAGUCCUUUGAAAGAAGAACCAGGAGCCAUCCAGAGAUGGAAGCAGGGGAGAUAAGUAACGAGACUGAGAUUAAAGAGUUAAUCGAGAUCAACGAAGCACCGGGUGGAGGAAUCAGGAGUGUUCCCAGACUGGGCCACUCUUCUAAGUUUCUUGCUUGGGCCGUCAAGAAAAGGAAAUUGGAUUACUAA